GUCCCAGCUCAAGAGCAUAUCAUUAGCUUGCUGCGCUGACAUCUUUCCGUGUGCGCCUCGUCGAAUGCCUCCGACGCGUCGCAGGAAUCUAAUAGCUAGCAGGCCAAGGACGUCGAGUCAGGAGGAGAGGCACCUCAGUUGCACCAACCAAUUUCCGCGUGACGGAUCGAUUGUAUUUCGAAUUUGGACUAAUUAGAUUCCCCGGCCGUUGUUUCCCGCCUCCGCUGUCCUCAUGGUGUCAGACACACCAAAUCCGCGAUCCGAAGCCGACACUUUACCCGGUUCUUCUGUCCCGCCAAGCGUUACCACCCGCGUCGCCUUCAUACUAAUCGAUGGGAUUGGUGACGUGGCAGUCCCGUCCCUCGGCGGCCUGACGCCGCUACAGGCGGCAAAUACACCGAAUUUGGACGCGAUCGCGGCGGCCGGAGUUAACGGGCUAAUGGACCCCGUAGAACCCGGACUAGCUUGCGGCAGUGACACGGCGCACCUCUCCCUGCUGGGGUACAACCCCCGCCACCACUACAGGGGGCGAGGGGCGUUCGAGUCCAUGGGUGCUGGCAUCCCCAUGCAGCCUGGGGACAUAGCUUUCAAGAGCAACUUUGCAGUGAUUGACGAGGCCACGGGGGUGGUGGUGAAGCGGCGGGCGGAUCGGCACUUUGAGGAGGAGGGGCCAAUCCUGUGCCGCCACCUGGACGGGUUGAAGAUUCCUGGAUUUCCGGACUACCAAGUCAGCAUCAAGUACGCCACGGAGCACAGGUGCGGCGUGGUGGUUCGGGGCCCGGGCCUGUCGGACAGGAUCGGCGGCACUGACCCUCUCAAGGAUGGGCGGCCGCUAGGUGUCGCAACACCAUUGGACGAUACGCCUGAGGCGGAUCUGACGGCUCGGGUGGUGAACGCGCUGAGUGAUGCCAUCCGGGCAGAAUUGAGAUCGCACCCAAUCAACGCGCAGCGGGCAGCGCAGGGAAAGAACAUGGCGAACGUCGUUCUUUUGAGGGGCUGCGGAAUCAGGAUCGAGGUGCGUGCAUUCAAGGACAAGCAUGGCAUGCGAGCAUGCAUGGUCGCACCCACCAAGAUCAUCGCCGGUUUGGGUCUCAGCCUCGGGAUCGACAUUCUCCACGUACCUGCAGCCACGGGCGACUACCGAACCUGCCUCGCCUCCAAAGCUGAAGCCAUAGCUGCUGCCCUGUCCACCGUACCUCCUCCCCUUGCCUCAGGCAAGAUCGACCAAACCAAUCAAGGCGGUCAGAUCGGACAGAUCGGUCGAUCUGCUCCGUUGAUUUCAGUGCCUGGGGAGGAUGAUCCGAGGGAGGGGUGCAGGGAGGGGUACGAGUUUGCGUUUCUGCACAUCAAGGCGGUGGACGAUGCCGGGCACGACAAGGCCGUUGAUCUCAAGGUGCGCGCGCUGGAGGCCGUUGAUCGCAUGGUGGGGCAGCUGGCGCACCGCCUGUGGCUGGUGCAACGGGAGAGGGAGAAAGAGGAGCAGCGGAACCAGGAGCAGGGGCAGUUAGAGCAGCAGCAGCAGCAGCAGCAGCAGCAGAAGCUGAGGUUCUGUCUGUGUGUGACAGGCGACCACUCCACGCCAAUUCUCUACGGGGACCACGCAGAGGAGCCCGUUCCCUUCGCCAUCUGCGACCUGGCUGACUUUGUCCAUGCUGUGCCGGGGGGAGAGGCCGCUGUGUUUGGCGCAGACCUGAGCCCCUUCCCCAUCCCCACUGCUGCCACGGUGGCUGCAGCGGCUGCUACAGCAGUGGGUAGUGUGGCACCAGGUGAAGGAAAAGGGGCGGAGAAGAAGGGGGUGGGGUCGGUGCCAGGUGCGGCUGGUUCAGUGGCAGGGGAUGCGGUGGCCAGGUUCAGUGAAUCUGGGGCGGCGAAGGGGAGCUUGGGCCGGUUCCCAGGGUGUGAGAUGCUGCGCAUCAUUAAAUGGUGGUCCGGGCGAGGAUGCUCAGCGCAGACAUGUCUACAGGAAGGAUACUAGUAUUUAUCAGGUGGGAUGUCUCUCUGUGACAUGCGUCUUCAGUUGUGUAGGUUGACCGGCAAGUGUCAGAGUUAUUUUAGACUCCACUACCACGGAACACAUCUGUACAGGAAUGCU